AUGUCACAAGAGAAAGUUGGUAUUUUCACUUUACUUUAUUCUUUGGAUUAUUUGCCUGGUGUGUAUACGCUUGGUUACCAAGUCAAGAAGCUUUUGGAACAGUCGAAUAGAGUUGGCUCAAUUACUUUGGGUUUAUUAGUUUCUAAAAAUCUCUGGGAACACAGUAUUGACGAAUAUAACAGAGAUGUCUUGUCAAAGUUAUAUCAAGACAUUGUGCAAUUUGAAGACGAUCUAGACCAAUCCCAUUAUGAUGAGAUUAAUUCUGAAAAUUUGAAACUUUUACAAAGACCUGAAUUAUCCUUUACCUUUUUCAAAUUAAAUUUAUGGCAACAAAUUAAGUAUGCUAAAAUUAUCUAUCUUGACGCAGAUACUUUACCUUUGAAAUCGACUUUCUUGGAUAUUCUAGAUUUAACAUCAGAACAGAAUAAGCAUGAGAUUGCCGGUGCUCCUGAUAUCGGUUGGCCAGAUAUGUUCAAUAGUGGUGUACUAUCACUAAUACCAGAUUUACAAAUUUAUCAGGAUUUGAAAGCUUUUACGGUGGAAAACUGUUCCAUUGAUGGUGCUGACCAAGGUAUAUUAAAUCAAUUUUUUAAUCCUAUAUGUUUGGAAAAUGAAAAUACCUCAGCUCGUAAUUGGAUUAGGUUACCAUUUUUGUACAAUAUGACAAUACCUAAUUCUGGUUACCAGUAUUCUCCAGCGGUUAAAAAUUUUGCUGACAAAAUUAAUAUUGUUCAUUUUAUUGGUGCAGGAAAACCAUGGAAACAAGGAAGAGAUACAAAUACCGACAAUAAAUAUUUCUCUAUUUGGAAUGAUAUCUUCACACAAUUUGGUGUUGAGUAUAUGUUAUCAGCAACUUUCGCGGAAACUGUUGAAAUUUCAGAGGAAUGUCACAGAGAACAACAAAAUUGGGUUGGAGAAGAAAUUGGUAUAGAGCAAGAGAUACAACAUGAAGUCGACUAUUCGAAAGUUGAAUGUAAUGGAAUUGAUUAUGGUCCAGUUGGUAAUUAUGACAAUGAUACUUUGAAAACCAUUCAGGAAUCAAGAAUCAAUUCAAGCUUUGUCUCCCAAUUUCAGUAUCAACCCGAACCAUCUGCGCCAGUUCCAGAGCAGUUCACUCAAGGGUACAUUGAGGAGUGUCAAAAUGAGGGAAAUCAGGAAAUGCCUAUCGAAAACCCACAUGAAAAGGAGGAAGAGCAACGCCAACAUACUGUUAUCCCUCAUGGUGACGAUUUAAUUGUUAUCAAUGACGAUCAAAAAGUCUCAGUGUACCCUCUUUCACAAUCUAGUGACAAAAUUAUUUAUGGAAGAUUAUUACCAAGUUCUAAAUUAUCUAGUACAUUAUCAUACGAAAAAUUGAUCAAACAAAGUAAGACACAUAAAUUAUUUGACUGGGAAUCUACUGACUAUAUCAAGAACGUCGAGAGAUCUUUCCCUGAGCCAGUAGAUGACGAAGAAGAAGAGCUAGAAGGGGAAAAUGAAGAAAUAAAUAACGAGUCGUCUCUGGAAGACGAUUGCGACGAAAACGGUUGUGAGGCCCAGAAUAAAGAUGAUAAUAUUCCUCAACAACCACAACAGAAAAUCAGCCCUAUUUUCGAAUGGGAAAGAACCGAUUAUCUUUCUAGGGUUGAACGUGUGUUUGAUUUUUAA